UAGGUUGUCAUAUCCGCGAUAUGCUUGCCGCUCAGCGACAUCGAUUCAAUCUCAAGGUUGUGUCUAAAGUGUGGCAGAAGCGAUUUUUGUGAGCGAUUUCAACUUAACUCACUCGCUAACUCAGUGAAUCGGAAGUUGUUAUACAUUCAACACAUGCCUCAUUCAACACAUGGACUAUCUUUCGACACAGCCACGCGAUCACUUGCUUACUUCGCCUUACUGCGUUCAUCGCCUGUGUGUUAAAAGCAUGUGCGCUCAUCAAGUAGAUUACCAUAUUCGUGAGCAGACGACAAUAUCUCGCUGUUGUCCGGGUCAGACGCUUCGCUGGUGAGAUCGGUCCUCCUCGGGUCAGUCUGUUCACAAUGGCGAAAUAUCUUGUUGAGUACAAGCCGCCCAGUUGGGCUCAACAUCUAAAGAAUGUACCUACGCAUAAAGUAGAGCUUGCGAUGGAGAACACCCCUAUCCACGAAUGGAAUCUCCCAGGGAUUCCCGAUGGCUUCAGUCUUCACAUCAAGCGACACGAUAUGACGGGCAGUUCAUUGUCAGGCAACAAGGUCGGGAAGCUAGAAUUCCUCCUUGCAGAUGCGAUCUUAAAGGGAUGCAAGCACGUGAUCACGUGUGGUACGUCACCAUCCAAUCACUGUCGAGCUUUGGCUUUGGCGUGCAGACAACUUGGACUUGUCCCUCAUCUAUUUUUAACAAUGACUUCAGAGGAUCUGGGUUGCCGUGGCAACAUCCUGCUGGACCGCCUGUCUGGAGCUGACAUCUACAUGAUGCCGCCUGACUCAGAUGACGAGAGGGACGUCCAUCCUAAAAUGGAGUCUUUGGCAAGAAGGAUUAUGAGCGAGACUGGGGAGAAGUCAUGCCUGGUCCCGAAAGGCGGUGCCAAUCUGAUAGGCUGUUUUGGUUCCAUGGCCAUAUUUGACGAGCUAUACAACCAGGGCGCCCUCGACAGGUUCGACGACGUGAUGGUGGCUUGUGGAAGCUCUGGGACGGCGUCAGGCAUCUGCAUAGCCAACUACCUGGCCGGAUCCCCGUUACGAGUUCACGGCGUCCUGGUGCGGCAUGACCCCGAGUUUGCACACGACCACGUGAACAGCACGCUGCGGCAGCUGGGAGUAGAGGGCGUCAGGUCGGAGGACAUCUUCAGCAUCAUCGACACCUACCAGGGGGAGGGCUACUCCAUCUCUAAACAGGAGGAAUUAGAUUUCAUUGUGGAGGUGAGCAGUACAACAGGGGUGCUGGUCGACCCCACCUACACGGGCAAGGCGGCCUGGGGGGUGAUGCAGGAGAUGAAGAACAACCCCGGCCGCUUCAAGGGACGGAGGGUCCUCUUCGUACACACAGGGGGGAUGUUUGGGCUGUUUGACGGGCGAAUGGACGACAUGUUAAUGCAACAUGGAGCUGAGACGAAGAAAGUCAGAAUGUGCUCGAAACACGAGGCACCCCGGGAGGCAGUGAAUGGAUCCCCCACAGACCACGAUGGGGAAUGAUGAAGCGAGAGAUGACAUGAUAUCCCCGAUUAUCCAUAGGGGAGGGAUAUCGGUGCGGUUCUUUUCAUAAGCCACGCCUACUCGAACAACCCCGGACAAACUUCCUGGAUUUUACCAUAGCGGCAAACUACAUUGUUCAUUGUUUACACUCUCGCCACCAAAUGUUCUGUAAAUCACGCUGAAAAUGUGUUCACUGUGGUGAAAAGAAAUGUUUGCAUAAAUCAUGUGCAUUAUUAAUAUAUAGAAGAAAUUGACAAACAAAACAUCGACGUCAGGGCUUAGGUUAACUACAAACAUUUAUGUACAUGUGUUACAUUCUACCAUGAAUUUGGAUAUUACUCGAUUCUGAUUGGUCAAUCGGAUGCUAUAAAUCACAAUAAACCCCCUCUGAUUGAAACAGCUGGUUUGACGGCCGCAUUACCACGGAAGCUAAUAUUCAUAGAAUAGUACAUUUUUCAGUCAUUGUUAAAUAAUGAUAUCUACAAUUACAGGUUACAAAAUCCUAGGUUGCGGUUACUACAUUAUUCAAAGGAUGUGUGGCAAUACAUUUCGUACAGAAAACACGAAAGAAAUCUACAAAGAGAAUGCAUUUGCGUUUUGGAGACAAUAGAGAGCUUGGAAUUUGGCGCUUUUCUAUAUAUGACUGUGACGUUAUAUCUUUGUGUCACAAUCAGUCAUAUGACGUCAUAACGGUGACGUGCGUGCGCGUUAGGUUCCAAGGGCAAUUUAGCGCUGUUAAUCUACAGUUAACCCAGCUCUACAUUGAAAACACAGUAUGUUUAUCUCCUAAUUGUAACCCUUGAAAAUUAUUCAAUAAAUAGUGUAUACA